UGCAAAGUAUGGUCACUUGACAAGAACUUUAAUACGUCAUUAGUUUAUUUUUCAAUAAACGAAAAGGUSAAGAAUUUAACGAUUGAAAUUGAUAACAGAAAUUUGAAGUCCUGGAAUAAGACUAUAUGGAUUACCUGUGUAUCAAAGGACGCAAGGGCUAACGUCGGUCCAUCUUGCAGAAACAUGUAUUUUGAACUGACAGCUCAAGUUAUUUACACUUUAUCACAAAAGCAAUCCAAAGGCUUAAGUGUUUCCGGGAAAGUUGGACUGGCCGUUGGCAUCUUCCUUGGUGCUUUACUUCUAAUCGGUGUAGCCAUCGUAUUGCACCGAUGGUCGAAGAAACCGCAAACUAAUAGCAACGAUAACCAGGACAACCUUCAAUAUUCUGCGCACACGAAUUCAUGCUUCCAAAUGGAGAGGAUGUCGCUUACCGACCUUACCUGUUCAAACGAAGAAAAGGAUUGGGAGAUAGAUGCUGUUCAUGUGAUGUUCCUUGAGGAAAUAGGAAAAGGAGCAUUUGGAAAGGUCUUCAAGGUUAUAGUUCGGCAGCCUGAACCAGUGACUGAACAAGACAUUGUCCUCUCAAGAUUAAGAGGAAACUCCAGAGAUAGGAAACUAAGCAAGAACAACUUGAUUGCAGCAGCAAAGACGUUACAUGAAAUUGCAAAUGAUGACCAACGACAAGAAUUUAUAGCAGAAAUCAACCUAAUGAAGAAACUCGGCAGCCAUCAAAAUAUUGUCAACUUUCUCUACUGCUGCACCACUAGUGAACCUAAUUUCCUCAUCGUGGAGUAUUUACCAAAGGGCGACUUGCUGAAAUACUUGAGGACAUACAGAUAUAAGGUAAGAAGAACAACAAGAGAAUCUCAAUGACAAGAAGAGCAGCCUAUAUCGAGGAGAUUCGCAGC